AUGGUCUUUCGGCACCAAAUCUUCUGGGCCAAAGACACGUCCAAAACAGUACCGGUUUUUGCAUGCUGGUUUUCGGGUCAAAAGACCGGCACACCCCAGCAGUGCAACAUCGACUGGUGCAUACGUGUCCGGUUAUGCUCAAAUCUAUUGUCCGAAUCUGGAUUUGAUGAGAGUAACAAGAGCGACAAGAUCAUCCUUCGUUCUGUCCCAUUCCAUAGCUGGCCUGGCCGUCGUCCUAAAGAAAAAUUCUGCUUCGUCAAAGAAAAGGACGGUUUCGUUCAGGCCUUCAACGCCUGUCAAGGGAAAGACACAAGGAAGGAAUUUUUGGCGAAGAGAAAAGCGGGCGUAAAGGCUCGUAAAGACUGGGCUGAUUCCGUGAGCGAAAAUCGUAGCAAAGAGCUCGAGGACAUUCGAAAACAGAGGAGCAAAGCCAUCGAGAGUAGACUGACGUCUCUGGGGCAUGGCAAAGAGAUUGAAUAUCUCAAGGAUCUCGAAAAAACCGGUUCAUUGUCUGAACGAAGAGGACUGAUUCUCUUCUCCGACCAGUGGGAGGUGAAGCAGUCCAAACCUCUCACUGACAAAAACUGGAACUCCAUCGAAGGCACUAUGCUAGAAUACAUGCAGGACGUCAAGACGCACCGCCUCAAGAAAGAACGGAACGAACUCCUCAGCGCACGCCGGUCCCUCAUUGCAGAUGAAUGGCGUUCAUGUCGCUCUCCGUCAAACGAGUUCCAACCAAGCCUACUGGACAUAUGGCUAUGGAAGGAGAUGAAAUACUUCAUUGACCUCCCACCAAGCAUCACCGUAACCACAGAAAUGGUCAGGGAUGCUAUGACGUUGCGCCUUCCUGCCUUCAUUACUUCGUGGCGUGACGAGCGGUUGCUAGAGAUGUCAUGUACGAUGGGUUGA